CAGUGGCCCCGGAUCGUUGGAUCCAGUAGCGCUGUUCCAUCUGACUCGGUACCAAAGUGGGACAAUGAGAGAAACAACCCCUGAGGGCACUGAUGCAAGUUGCGAAGCCUCUGAAGGAUUUCAAGGCGAAGACAUUUCCAAUCACUUCCUCGUGAAACUCUAAAUCUGAGUUCAGUAUUGUCGUCUCAUCCCGAAACAUGCCUCCUACUUUGCUGUCUAGUUGCAACAGCAAAUAUGCAAUAUGGAGUUGAUUCGGCAGCAGUUGGAGCUCUGCAAGCGAUGCCAGGCUUUUUGAAGGUUUUCGGUUACGAAGACCCAACAAGUGCUCUUGGGUAUGGAAUUGAUAGUACUGUGCAGCAACUGAUCACCUCUCUGUUGACCCUGGGAUCUUUCGUUUCAUCCCUCAUCGCAGGCUUUUUCAGUGCCUAUGUCGGACUAAAGCAAGCUUUAUGGCUUGCUUGUGCGUUUAAUGCUGUAGCUGUUGCAAUUCAGAUGGCUACUACCAGCAAGGGAGUCCUUUACUUUGGGCGUCUUCUGCUUGGCCUUGCCAACGGGUUCUUUGUAACCUUUUCCAACGUCUACACCGCAGAAGCCUCACCUGCGCAUUUGCGUGGUGUGAUGGUUGCACUCUUUGCAUACUGGGUGAAUAUCGGCUCGAUACUCGGAGCUGUCGUGGAUAACUUCACUAGAGUGCGUUUGGACAAAGCAUCGUAUCAGAUCCCUCUUGGAUGUCUAUACAUUGUUCCAACAGUGCUCACCAUAGUACUGUUCUUUGUUCCGGAGAGUCCGAGAUGGCUUCUUCACAAGGGACGAGACCAACAGGCACGGAAAGCACUAGAGACUCUUAGAGGAAACUCUGUUGAGAGCAAAUACAUUGAGCUUGAAUGGGCAGAAAUGGUCCGUGGUGUUGAAGAAGAGAAGAAUUUGGCAAAGAGCAUUGACUUCCUCGACAUGUUUAGAGGAACUGAUCUUCGGCGCACACUACUAUGUUACGGGAUGAUAGCAUGUCAAACGGCUUCUGGAGUUUGGUUCUUGAUCGGAUAUCAAACUUAUUUCUUUGGAAUCGCGGGCAUCACCAAAAGCUUCCAGUUCUCCAUCAUGAAUACUUGUAUCGGCUUCGUCGGCGUCAACGUUGGCAUGUAUGCUAUUCGGCACAUAUUUGGGCGUCGAUCAAUCCUCAUUCUUGGAGCUACAGUUUGCGGAUUAUCUCAACUGGCUAGUGCGAUUGCGUAUACUAUCAAGCCAACGACAACAACGACAGGUCAGGUUCUGGUCGCAUUCACAGCAAUCUUCUAUUUCUUCUACAACGGCUGCGUUGGAGCAGCAAGCUACCCUGUUGCAACUGAACUGGUGAGCUCUCGCUUGAGGGCGUGGACAGUCGGUACUGCUACCUCACUUGGGUACAUUCUCGCCUGGCUCGUUGGCUUCUGCAGCCCAUAUUUCAUUAACCCGCAAGAUCUGAACUGGGGCCCGAAAUACGGAUACAUCUGGGCCGGUUCGAAUGCGCUCUGCAUCGUCUUCUUCUUUUUCUUCAUGCCAGAAAUGAAAGGUCGCUCGCUCGAAGAAUGGGAUGAGAUCUUCAACGCCCGAACCCCAGCUUGGAAGUUCAAGUCUUUUCAAUGCACGAUCAAGGAUGAAGCUGCAUUUGACAUGCAGGAGAAAAGCGGCGUGCGCAUCGAAAAGGAAGGAGGUAUUCUCAGCAAUGAGGUUGAAGAUGUUUCUGGGAACACUGUAUGAACUUUCAACUGCUAUUGUGGUGUGGGACGUUCAGGUACCCUGCAUCGCCGCCACAUUUUCAGCAACCUAUUGCAAACAAUUUACUUUUCGGCAUAUAUUAGAGUUCUUCCAUGAAGGAAUGGUUUGCGAGAAGGAACCAAGAUCAUCGCUUGGCUGCAAAGUUCAAAUUAGAAAUAGAGUUUGGUCCACUGAAACUAUUGUUGUUUCGAUGCACGACAUAACUUUAUAUACGCGGCAAAAGUUCUAGCAAGCCGCACAGAUUUUUGUCUAAUAUAGCCUGAGUCCAGAUCUCAUGAGCCUCGCCUUAGUUCGAGAUAUGGUAGCCCGAGAACGAGGUCCUGGGACGAGAAGGCGUGGGACGCCAGCCUUCGAUUGAGUCAAGUACCAGCGCCACAAUCUUCCCAAUUACUCAGAUAUUUUCAGCUUCAUCUUCUAGCCA